GACGAUCCACUUAACUAUUUGUCUUGAAUGUAAAAAAAUAAAACCGAAGUCAGAGUAGGCCACGCUUAUAUUACAACAAAAGCAUUUUUUAAUCACUGUUGGUGAAACACGCGUACCGAAAUGUUGCUACUGGUGGUACUCCUAGUGAGUGCGGUCCAAGCUACCCCCAUGGACUCGUACCUGGAAGCGUACCAAGAGUCCCACGGCACCACCGCCAAAAUGGACAGAGAGUACACCGAACCCUACCCUUACCCACCGUCGCAACCCGGGUACCACUACGGACCCCCGAAGUACUCGUACGGACCACCGGCAGCACCCGUGCAUAAUUACGGUCCGCCCUUAGCACCGGUGUAUGGACCCCCAGCACCAGCACCCAUCUACGGGAUGCCACACGGAAUGCUAGGACUCCUCGACAAGCUCAAGCUCAAACUCGACCUCUUCACCAUUGGUAAAAUUUUGUUGAAGGUCGUCUUGUUCAAGAAGUUUGUUAGUUUUGUGGCUGUUUUGUGUCUGUUGCUGUUCAUUCCCACUUUGAAGCGCAAAGUGGAUAAUGCAGUUCCGGAUGGAGGGGAUGAUGAUGAUGAUGAAGAUGCUGCGAUGAGAGGGUUUGGGAAGAAAAAGAAUAAAGCUGGAGAUGAGUUUUUGAAUAAUAUCACGGAGUUUGUGAUGGGAGCUAUUGAUAAUUUUUCCAAAAAUUAUACGGGUGAGGCUAAAUGUGAGAGUGUUUUUUGUAAGACGAAGAAGGUUGUGCAAGGAAUUGAUGAUAAGCUGAGUUACAGAAAGUUGGCUGAAGUGUAUUCUAGGGAGAUUCAGCCGUAAUGUUGCCACUAGGAUUAAUUUAAUCGAAUUUAUUUAUUCUUAUUUAUUGAAAUAAAUUAUUAUAGUGAAA